AGCAGUGUUUUGUUGCAAGUGCAACAACACCCCCAUUGCAUCUUCACAAUUCUUCCUUGACCCUAUACAAUGGCUACUACCAAUGUUUUAAGGUCUAAUGAAGUGGGUCAUGUCUUAUUGGGAUUGUUCUGUCUAUUGCUCUUGGUAAACAAGGGUAAUGCUUAUGAGUUUGUAGUAGGGGGUCAAAAGGGUUGGAGUGUUCCAAGUGACCCCAAUUCCAAUUCUUACAAUCAAUGGGCAGAAAAGAACAGAUUUCAAAUAGGAGACUCCCUAGUGUUCAAUUACCAAUCUGGUCAAGACUCGGUGCUUCAAGUAAGUAGUGAAGACUAUGCAAGCUGCAACACUGAUGGAUCUUCUGAAAAAUUCUCUGACGGCCAUACAGUCAUCAAGCUGAAGCAAUCAGGGCCACACUAUUUCAUAAGCGGAAACAAAGACAACUGUGCCAAGAAUGAGAAACUAGUGGUGAUUGUGAUGGCUGACAGGACCAACAGAAACACCAACCAAACAGGCACUGCUGUUUCUCCUUCUCCUUCUCCAUUGCCCACUCACUCAACAGAGUCAAUUGCUCCUUCACCACCAACAGCAGGGACUGUUGGCCCUACACCACCAACAGGAACUGUGGGUGCUCCUCCACCAACAGGGACUGUCGGUGCGCCACCUCCAACACCAGCAGGGACUGUAGGUGCUCCACCACCUGCACCAACAGGGACUAUGGGGACUCCACCUCCUCUGCAAGGAGUUUCACCUCCACCACCAGGGACUUCGUUGACAAACCCAACUUCUGCUCCUGUCAGCCAACCUCCUCCUAAUGCCGCUUCUUCAGUCUUUCUCAGCUUUGUUGGCUCUCUUGGAGCACUCAUGGCUUCUAUUCUGGUUUUAUCAUUCUAAGUGGAGAAUAUGAGCCAUUUAGUUUUCUACUUUUUUUUUUUCUCGGCAUAUGUAUAUUAUAUAUUUUCCAUGGCUGCUUCUACGUUGAGUGGGGACGCCAUUGGCAUUUGUUUGUGGGACAUGGGUAAUAAGGUGACAAUGUUCACCCUUUUGUGUGAUUCAUACUUGAUGGUAUAUGAAUAUUCAAUAAGUCGAACUUGAAAUAAAACCAUUUUGUAAUUCAC